CAAGUUUUUUUUUUUUUUCGUCUUCUUUUCCCUUCUUGCGAGUUUGCAGUUCCACAUUCAUGGCGAAGGCUGGCGAAGGAGAUCCGCGCUGGAUUGUUGAGGACCGACCUGAUGCGACCAACGUCAACAACUGGCACUGGUCGGAGCGAGAUGCAACCGGGUGGUCGAAGGACAAGCUGCAGGCGCUGAUCAAGGACGCGAGCCUGCAGGUGGACGGCACGACCUUCCGCCUGACGGAGACGGCCAAGCUCGAGGGCGAGGCCUCUGCAAACAACCGCAAGGCCAAGCUCAUCUUCUUCUACGAGUGGGAGCUGCGAAUCAAGUUUGUGACUGAGCUUGGCGAGGCCAUGCUUGCCAAGCAGCCUGCCGGCGCCCCGCUCAUCGAGGGCGAGAUUGAGGUGCUCAACUUUAGCGAGGAGAACGAUCCCGACGACAUUGACAUUAACGUCUCGCUCAAGGCGGGCAGCGAGGCCAACCCUCUGGCGUCCGGCUUGCGGCAGACGCUUCGGAAAAAGGGCGUUGCGUUCAUUGGCGGCAUUGUCGCGCGCUACGUCAAGGACCUCCGGGAAGAGUAUGCCAAGGGUCUCAUUCUCCCGACUCUCAAGCCUGCAGCGGCAGCAGCAACAGCAGCAGCAGCAGCGUCGUCCGCUUCCAAGCCAAUCGCCAAGUCGUCGACUGCCGCGGAGGGUGAGAGCGCCGCUGCCGCUGCUGCCGCCUCCACCUCGCGUGCUGGGGCUGCGGGUGUUGCCAGCACAAACAUUCCGACCGUGACCAUCACGCAGCGGCACGAGUUCAAGACGAGCGCGCACGAGCUGUACGACUGCCUCGUCAAUGUGGCACGCAUCCAGGCCUUCACCCAGAGCCCAUGCCAGGUCGACGCGCGGCCCAACGGCAUCUUCUCCAUCUAUAACGGGAAUGUCCUCGGCUCGUUCAUUUCGCUGGUGCCAGGCGUCAAGAUUGAGCAAGACUGGCGCUUUAGCCACUGGCCGCAAGGCCACUUUUCACGCGUCACAAUCGAGCUCCGCGAGGACUCGGAUUUCACUGAACUCAAACUGACUCAGACCGGCGUGCCGAAGGAGGAGCAAGCCCAAACGGACGCAGGCUGGAACACUCAUUUCUGGCAGAAGAUUAUGGGUGUUUUUGGCUAUGGCGCGGCGUUCUUUUAACAACGUGGCCGGGAGAGAAGUCGAGAGCAGCGCAGUAGCAGUGGUAGUGUUGCAUCCCAAAGCUGGAGUGUGGAUUGUUGGAUUUGAGCAUGCGCUGCACAAUGUAUUUCUUGGACAAGCAUCUCUUUGUCACCCGCCUGUGUUGGUUGCGUUUGAAUUUGUAUUUUGACGCUGCCAUUAUCAUAAACCAUGUAUUUCCCCGUCGACGAUGCAAAAUGUCACAAGCCCAUCAGUCCUGAUUUGUCACA